CCUUAAUUGCAUUCCUUUCCAUUUCUACAGGUGACCUAUUUGAUUAUUGGAAAAUUCAGUCUGCUUUCUUGUUCAAGUACUUCUACAAGCAGCCUGCCCCACGUAUGAUGGAGGAGACACCAAACAAGCCCGAUGAGACGCCGCGCGACUACAAGAUAAUGGCGCUGCUGCUCCAGUCGCACGGGAUUGAGGACUGCGACCCGAGCGUCAUCAACCAGCUGCUCGAGUUCUCGCAUCGGUACACUGUCGAUGUGCUGCAAGACGCGCUCGAUGUUCGUCUCGCAAUCCAGGGCCGCGUCAACUACUCGUUUACGUCUCCGCCGGAAAAGGAGUUUUUGCUUGAGCUGGCCGAUGAGCGCAACAAGCACCCGCUGCCGCUAAUUCCUGAGAAAUAUGGCGUGCGCCUGCCCCCGGAGAAGUACACGCUCACCGGGGUAAAUUUCCACAUUGUACCCGACCCGCGCAGCCAGGCUGCAGGUAAUAAACCCGCAAACACCCACCCGGCCGCGUGAGCGUCACGCACCAGCAUAUGUUAUUUAUUUUUGCCAAUUUCAAAGAGAUACCUGGGUUUGGAGCAAUGCAAUACACAAGCGCAAGUUGCACCGUUUCAAAGACGCCCGAAUUUGUACAAGAGUGGAAAAGUUACCUUUCGUCAUCCAUUAUUGUAUUGGUACAUUAAAAGAAAAGAAUGAGACUGCAGUAUCCUGCAAUCAACAUCCUUCCCACAGAUUGCAUAGCAACCUGGCAGGUGUUUAGAAACUAGUGGCAAUAGACUACUAUGGCUGAAUAUAUUAUCCA